UAAAAAUACUCUAAAAUAUAUAUUUUCAUUAUAUCAAAUAUUCAUAUCAUAGUAUAGUAAAUGGAUGGACAUAUAAUUCGUUUUAAACUAAAGGAUUUUAUGACAUAUUCUUUGGUUGAAAGUUUUCCUCACAAACACCUCAACAUUAUAUCUGGGGGCAAUGGAACAGGUAAAUCAUCCGUUUUCAAUGGGAUCUUGUUUAGUUUAAAUGGCAAAACAACAUUUAUAAAUAGAGCUAAAAAGAUAGGAGAUUUUAUCAAACAUGGGAAGGAAAAAGCCUCCCUAGAAAUUGAAUUGUACAAUUCCAAAGGUUCUAAUUAUAUAAUUAAUAGAACCAUAUUUCCGGAUUCUACUUCUACUUGGACCUUCAAUGGGGCGCGUUCCACUCAGAGAGAAAUUCAAGCCAUAGUCGAUAAAUUGAAUAUCCAGGUUGACAAUCUAUGCCAGUUCUUACCCCAGGAUAGGGUGGCUGAUUUUGCAAAGAUGAACUCUUGCGAAUUAUUGGAAAACACUGAAAAAGCUGUUGGAGACACCCAACUCUACGAAAAGCAUCAGCAACUUAAGUCUCUUUACACUGAAAUUAAUGAAGUCAAGAAAAUGGCUAAGAACACUGAACAACUUUUAGAAACGGAAAGGGCUCAAAAUCAAAGAUUGGAACAAGAGGUGCAAAAUUUUAAAAGCAAGCGUAAAUUUAUUCAACAGAUUGAAAACAUGAAAAAGAAGAUAUCUUGGCUAGUAUAUAGCAAGCGUAAACAGGAUCUCGAUACCAAAAAAGCCUCCCUCAAAACUCAAUUGAAAAAGUUGGAGGAAUCAAAACGUUCGUUUAACGAAAAGGAAAAAAAUUAUUCAGAAGCUGAAACUUGUAUCAAGAAGUAUUCUCAACUGUUUGAACAAAAAGUGGAUGCUAUUGACAACCUGCUUGAUUCGAGACUCAUGCCCACUUUGUUGCAAUGCCGGUCUUUAUACUCCAACCAGAUCUCGCAAGCUAAGGACGAUUACGAACUCAAGCUAGACUCCAUUCAAAUAGGCAAUAAUCAAAUUGUUAGAUUGACCAGCGAUAUAAGUGAAUUGGAGAAACAGUCAGCUAACGAGAGUUCCAAAUUCGAAAAAGUUCAGCCUGAACUAAAAAGAUCGUUAGGAGAGAAACGUGAACAUCAUCAAAAAUUAAGUCAAAACAAAUCCUUGGAGGAGAAAAUCAAAAACGAUUUCGAAAAUUUGAAUGCUGAAAAACAAAAAAUAUUGCGUGACAUUGAGUUUCAAAGGUCAAGAUUUGAUUACAAACUCGAAAAUAUCAAACACAAGUCUCAAGAUGCUUACAAGGCCUAUCAAUGGUUAACCUCCAACCAGCACCUAUUCAAACACAAGAUUAUAGGACCCAUAUCCUUAUACAUGAAAUUCAAAAGUCUGGAAGGUUCUCAAUACAUGGAAAAUCAGAUAGGAUUCCAGGAAUGGAUGGGAUUUUUGUGUUUUGACCAAAGCGAUUUUGUGCUCUUCUUGCGAAAAGUCAGAAAGGAAUUGAAUUUAAAAAUCACAAUAUUUUUGGAAAGAUUUAUCGAUAUCCCCCAUCAAGGAAAUAAUCAGAAUGAUAGAAGCAGAAGGUCUUCUAAUGUAUCAGGUGGUAACCAUAAUACAAGCUUAUCGAAUAGAUUGGUAGAAGACAGCGAAAAAUUUGAUAGAAUGUAUUCUGAUUUAGAUGUCGCAAGAACCGAUUCUGACCAAUGUCCAUUUACUUCUUACAUCAAAUCCAAUUAUGCACCCUCUCAUAAUAUACCCGAUCCCAAUUCAAAUCCUAAUGAUCUAAACCACAUACUAUCGUUCAUGUCCUUGUUUGAUUGUCACCUCAGAGACUAUAUACACAGCUGUCCCUUCGAGAUUGCCAAUUUCUUAUGUAGGAAACACAAGAUCCACGAAAUUCCUAUCUGCAGGAAGGAAGAAACCAUGAGCUCCUCAAUCAUACAAAAAAAAGAAAUGAACAUUCUAACAAAAUGCAAGCAAUUAUUCUCAAUGAAUAUUCCCAUUAAAUUAUCAAGUUUUUACGCGCUUUCUACUCUUGUAAAAAUCACGCGUUCACGGUACAGACCAGGCGAGCCUUGCCUUGAUCAGACCCAGGUCAGGAAUAAAUCCAACUUCUUCACGCAAUAUCACGUUUUCAAUGAGGCAGAUAAUAAAGAUUCUUAUGAUGAUGCAUAUAAAAAAUUAGAAUCUCAACUUUUACAAAGUAACGAAGCCCUGAAGGCAUGUAAGAGCAAAGAAAAAGAACUCUCAGAUGCCAUCAGACAAAUUAAUACGCAAAUUCAAGAGCUCAACAAACACAAAAAUACCCAAAAUAUUAUAGAAACAAAGCUUAAAUCCCUUAAGGCUAGACUAGAUAACGAAAAGCGAAAUAUGGUAGAUGCCGACCUCAUAAAGCGCCAACUAGAGGAAAAAUUGCAAGCUAUAAAUUCAGAAAUUUAUGUCAAGCUCAAAGCCAAUUCCCGCGCAUUCAAGGCUAGCAUAGAUGAGAGGGACGUCAUGGUUAAGCAUUGCUUAUCUAUCUUGCAAACUACUAUCUUAUCUCUGGACCAGAAAAUGGGCUUGGACCAAGCUAAAUCGGGUUACGAAACUUUAAAAUCCGAGGUUCAAUCGCUGAAAGAGGAAUGCGAUAAUAUGAUGUCUCAUUUGGAAGAAAGUGUUCGACAGCUUACUCGUAGAUUAGAAACUCAGAAUUUCAAAAAUGCCAAUAAUGUGUUAACACUGGAUGCUACUUUGAUGACAGAAUUUGAGGAUCUACCUAACGAUAUUGACAAGCUGGAGGAGAAGAUAUCUUCUAUCAAGACAAGAGCUGAAAUGUUGGUAGUUGGAGAAAAUGUUGUAGAAGAAUACCAUUCUCGUCAACUUAAAAUAGAUUCAUUACAACAGACCCUUUCUACCUACAAUGCUCAAUCCUACACCCUUGCCAACAAGAAAAUAGCCCCCUUACACAAGGAAUGGAUACGCGAAUUGACGCUAUUGGUGAAGAAGAUAGAUGAAAAAUUUUCACAAUUUUUUGAAAGGAUUUCUUGUGUGGGCAAGGUUGAACUGAUUGGGCAGGAGGAGGCAAAAAUAAAAGGGCAAGAUGAGGCCAAGUCUUCGUUACCUGAAUACGACAUGUUUAAAUACGGUCUCGAUAUCAAGGUCCAGUUUAGACAGGAAGACACCCAAAAGAGGCUCAAUCAUAAGCACCAAUCUGGUGGAGAACGUAGCGUUUCUACUAUAUUCUUCUUGUUAUCUUUGCAAGAAUUGACAUGUUGCCCUUUCAGAAUGGUCGACGAAAUAAAUCAAGGAAUGGAUCAAUUAAAUGAAUCCAAAGUCUUAGAGCUUAUAGUCGAAUUGUCGUCAAAGCCCAACGUUCCUCAAUACUUCCUUUUGACCCCUAAACUCUUACCAAACGCCAAAUUCGGUGGCUUCACCAAAUUUUUGGUUCUCAUUCGAACCAAUUUACCAGAGGAGGCUGACGAAUAUGAUAACCAUAUAGCAGGAAGUAGCAACGAUAAUGCUCUUAUGGAUAUACAACUCAACGGUGAAUCAUCACCCCAUCAUAUUCGAAACCGCCGUCGAAACGGUUUGAUCAAUCUUAAUCUUUCAAAUAUGUUCAGAGUUCCUAAUCCGACUAAAAUAGAACACGAUUGUUGUAGCGUGGUGACUGAUACACUGUCUACUUCUUCUCGAACUAAUCCUCUUCCAAUUGUUAAACCUGAGUUCUUCAGCCCAACAAGAAAAAAAAAUCGUAUUCGAUAGAUGAACUUAGUAGAAAUGAAAGAAAUAGACCUUUUGCCAAAAAUUAUAAUAUGAUUUUUUUUGAAAUUAUAGAAUAAUUCGUAUAUUUAUGAAAAUCCUAUUAUAACUAAUGAUAAAUUAUAUAUAAAUUCAUUUAAUGUAACUAUGGAAAAAAUUAUAUGUAAUACUAGAGCCUUGUAUUGCACGUAUUUUAAUGGCUCAUCCGAAUUUAUUUUCUCUGCCAGGGUUAGACUCGAAGAUCUGUUAAUCAAAGGCUCUUUAACGUA